GCGCGGGAUCGUGACAUCAGCGGACGGAGCGGGAGAACAACAGCCUGUCGCUAUGGACAAGCAAGAUGAACUUCUGAAAGAGGCAGAGACACUGGCUCGCUAUAUGUCAGGAUAUCAACAUGAGCUCCCACCCAAUAUAAGCAAAACAUCACCAGCUCCAGAGGAAGCCAGGGAAGAGUUGUUGCAACAGUGUGAAGCGAUAUGGAAACAAAUGGAAGAGUGCCAAAGCAAACUGACAAUGUCGGGACCAGAAACGCUGCCUGAGACAGAUGUGCAGCUGUACUUGCUGAUGAUGCAGGUGAAAGCCCUCACUGCUGAAUAUGAACAGUGGCAGAAGAGAACACCUGAAAUAAUAUCUGACAACCAAGAUGUUCUGCUAGCUGUGGGGAAAGAAGAGUUAGAGAAAAUAGCCCGAGAGCUUGAGAUGGUCCUUUCAUCAGUCCAAGCAAAGAACAAGAAAUUGAAGAAAGACCUGGAGAAAGAGCAAAACUGGUUGGAUGGUCAACAGAAAAUAGUUGAUGCUCUUACCUCCAGACAAGAUGAGCUGAAAAACCAACUUACUGCAUUUUCAGAGAAAAGGGUUUAUCAAGACAUUGCAGGUAAACUUUAUAAGGUGAGAGCUCACAAAGAGGAACUCUUAUCAGCACUGGGGGAUUUUCUAGAGGAGCAUUUUCCCCUUCCUCAAGAACAGGAGAACCAAAGUAAAAAGAAAAAGGGCCAAUCUGGGAAGAAAUCUGUCCAGCUGAUGACGUUACAUGAAAUUUUAGAGAUCCUCAUAAACAAACUGAUGACCACUCCACACGAUCCUUAUCUUGUCCUCGAACCACAUCACUGGCCUCCGUACAUUGAAAUGCUCCUGAGAUACGGCAUUGCCCUGAGACACCCAGAAGACCCAAAGAGAAUCCGUUUAGAAGCUUUUCAUCAGUGACUGACAACUGCACCACUCAUACGGGCAUUCCGUUUCCAUGACAAACGUUUUAGACCAAGUUGGUCCAAAUUAACGACGUUAUAUUUAAUGUCUAUUUAGGCAGUUUGUGCCUGAGCCAGUUGGGGGGGGGGGGGUGUUCCCUGGUUCAUGCUAGACUGUGACAGCCUGGAGUUCCCUCAGCCUAUCACAGCCUUGUAGUCCUUCAUUUCACUGUGCACUGGUCAAUGGACUCCAGGAGCAGAGAAAGUUGUUGAGCUCAGGUAGCAGUGGGAAGGGAACGGGACAUUAUAUCACAUGUUCAGGGGCCAGAUUAUUAUAAAACACAUUCGCAUGGAGAUGUUGAACAUGGGGCAUAAUAAUCUCAUGGAGACCUGUGGUCUCCACUUUGACAGCCCUGUUAUGUUUUGAGAAUAUUUUCAGCCGAGUUGAAUGAAGAAACAAGUGGUCACCAUAUGUACUCCAUUUGGUAGUCUCCAAUAGUAGUUGCCAUUUUUCCCACUGGACCCUUUCCACACCAACAAAGUAUUCUUCUGUCAUGUACCAGAAAAAUACAAGUUCAGCAUGAACAUCAUUCACCUGAGAAACCAUGAUACCUAGGGACAUUUCAAUUGCUAUUCCUGUUUGUAUAUAAUUAACUGCACUACUUUCCGCUUAGAAUUGUAAAUAUGCCAAAUACUUUUUGCCAUUAAAUCCCAUUUCUGAUUUUCCAGGGGAAAAA